GUUGGAGAGUGCGCCGGAAGUGCACGGGCAGGACCGGAAGUGAGCGCAACGCCGAGGGCCCAAGAUGAAGCCCGCUGUUGACGAGAUGUUCCCCGAGGGCGCAGGGCCCUACGUGGACCUAGACGAGGCUGGAGGAAGCACCGGGCUCCUGAUGGAUUUGGCAGCCAAUGAAAAGGCAGUUCAUGCAGACUUCUUUAAUGAUUUUGAAGAUCUCUUUGAUGAUGAUGAUGUCCAGUGAGAUUGUCCAAUUGCUCCAUGCCACACAUUUGUGAUGUGUCAUGCCAAACAGCUCAAGACAAGGUCAAAUGUUUAUGGAAACCUUGUGGGAAAGACUCAUAACUAUGACCUCUUCAACUGAGGGAGGAGGAUUGUCUGAAUCACCUGGUUGUGCCCUUCAUCCCUGAGGGGGUCCAUCCCUGGUCCUUGUUUCAAUUAAAAGCAGCAGCCCCAUCAUA